CGUGCUGUGCAGUGGGGGACGAUGGUGGGAAAACUGACGCGCACUGCCGCUUCCCCAACCACACCAUUUUCUACGAGUUUCUGUUUCCAAAGGAAUCGAAGAGAGAUCGCAUUUCGAUUUUCAUUUGCACGUCUAUUAAUUUUAUACGCUCUAUGAUAAUUAACAUUGGCAAACAAAUAGAACUGGUGAACAGAUGGAGACAAUAAAUAUAUGAAUAUUUGAGAAAUGUAGCAGUCAAUCUCGGAUGUUUUAGUACAAUUUUUGUGAAUUUAUAUCGUAAGUUAAAGUUGUGCGUAAUUAAUCGUGCGACAAAUAAACGUCCAUCGCGAGUUAACGCGGAUCGCAAAUCGUACUUUUUGCGUACUUCAUCAAAUUUAUCUCGCAAUGGCUGCGAUAACACAUUUAUCUAGCGAAGUGAUCAGCAUUAUCCUGGGAAAUGUCAGUGUCAGCAUUAAAGACGUCGUCAGUUUUGCCUCUACGUGUAAAGGUUUCCAUGAUAUGAUCAACGAUGAUAAUGUACUUUGGCAAAACAAACUUUAUCAAAGAUGGCCUGAUUUGAAAAGAGUCUACAAUAAACGGAAAUAUGAAAGGCAUAUAAAUUUUAAAAAUGAAGUAAAAGCAAGUGUGAAAUGCAGGAAAGAAUUAUGGCAUUAUGUGGAGCAAAUGUCUGAUCUCCACUAUUAUAAAGAUGAUCUAUCUGAUAGUGACAUGAAAGAUUUUGAUUCAUUAUUUCAUCUAGAAAAAGGUGCAUAUCAUAUGAAUUAUUAUUUUGUCAUAGAUGAACUAAUGAGUAUCCUUGCACAAUCUCCAAGGGAAUCCAAUUUAACACAUAGAUAUUAUGUCAAAAAACUUCUUCGAUACCUGCAGCAAUGUCGUUUAAAAAGUAUAUGGCAAGAAUUUAUAAAUUAUCCUGAAGAACAGCAGAUUUUAGAACAGGCAGCUACUAUUGUAGCUCAAUGGUAUCAACCUAGAAAACAUGUUUCUUACUCACGUGUAAAAGCAUCAUUAACAAGUAUUGCACAGCAAGUAUUGGAGUGCCUUAAAAAAGAACAUUCUGAGCAUUCAAUAUUUUCGACGCCCACUGAACUAUUUUCCUUUUGGGAAAAUAAUAAUAUUGAUGAUAACCAAUGGAAUAUUAAAGAGGGAAAACAGAUUAUAGAUACUCUACGAAAGGUUUUAUUUGAUGAAGUGGGUUUUUGUGGAUGGCUUUGUGUGGAUCCUGCUAUCACCAGUCAAAAAUAUACUUUUAUAGAUUGUGUUUUGGAAAAGAAAAAUGGUAAUGCAGUAUCCCUGGCAAUAGUAUUUCACAGUGUGGCGAGAAGACUUGGUAUACGUUGCGAUCUAAUAUCUUUUCCAAGUCACUUCUUUUUAAGUUGGAAGUCAAAAUACAACACAACAAAUCCUGAAGAUGAAGAAUGCUUCUAUAUUGAUGUUCUGCAUCGUGGAUCUAUUCUAACCAGAAAUGACUGUCCCAAAAUUCGUGGUACUAAGAAGUGUCCUAUAGCAAAUUUCAGUACAUACAACAAGACUAGUCCUACAGAGAUAAUGUUGAGGAUGAUCAAUUAUUUGCAAAUGGUAAGCCGUGACAAAAGGACAGAAUUACGUUCAUUAUUAGAACUCCAGCAUCUGAUAGAACCAGAUAACAUAGAUACAAUUGCACAGUUAGGUCGCUACUAUAUACAGCAUCACAUGGAUUUGUCAGAUCUCAUGGUUAAAUUGAUUGAAAUACAGAAUAAUUCUAAGAACAGUAGAUGUGCAGAAGUAAGACGCGCCGAAAUGAUGUUGAAUAAAUUUAGGAAUUAUACAAAACAUCUGCCUUACAAUAUAAUAAGACAAAAAGAAAACAAAGAAAAAAGGAGAUGAUGUUUGCAGUUGGAAUGAUUGUAACAUGUUAUGAUAAAAUCAGAACUCGUUCCUUAACAGGCGUAAUUAUUG